CGCCCAACACGAGAUACCGCCGAGUGGCUGGGAUGGAACUCAGCUCUGCCUGCAGGCAGCUGGCUGGCGUGAUCAUGUCGUCGCUCUCCUUCCCUCCUCUUCCUCCGCCGUGCAGACCAUUCAUAUUCGUAUCCUUAGCAUCAUCUUACCCCAUCUUGGACGCAAGGCUGGCCGAGCAUGCACGAAUUGCCCAAGACGCUGACCGAGAGCCUUCGUUCCUUUCGAGGGAGCGUGUAUGGCUCCCGACGGCGUUCCGGAGAUGCAGAUGCUGACCUGGAGAAGAGAGGGGUAGAGGAAGAGAACUAUGGCGACAGGCAGUUCGAGCGGGCCUUGAACGAAACCGACGCCUCGUCCGCUCAUCAUUCUCCCCCGAUCAGCAGCUACCAUCUACCUGCCCAAUACCAAGAUCAUGAUCUUGAGAAACAACACCCUGCACUUCCCGCGCAACAUGCGGCGCACCAGAACCCCCCAAGUGGACUUCCCAAGCACGCACCGUCCACUCACUCCACGCCCUCCUCGCCCAGAGAAGGCGUGAGAGAGACCGCAGGCCACGGUACAACCACCUACCACCACGGCCUCACGAUCCAAGACCUCGAUCCCGCCGGCGAGCGCCUCGCGCAGAACCUCACCCCGCUCAGCGUGGAAGACUUCUGCAGUCUCAUGGGCCUCGGCAUCCCCGCCAACCCCUUCCAAGCCCUCAACAGCGUCCUCCUCCCCGACGGCCUGUACGCCCAAAUCCAAGACGACGAGCGCAAGAAGAGCCGCCAGUUCCGCGCGUUCGACUACGCAACGUACGCCCUGCUCAUCGUGCAGCUCAUGAUCUCCGCCGUCUUCAUCAUCCUCGGCGCCUUGCCGCACGUUGACACUCACAUCACUAUCGCCAUUCUCGGAGCAGUGGCGACGGUCAUUGCCGGAAGUUUGGCGUUGAUGAAGGGCCAAGGGUUGCCGAAUCGCCUUCGGCAGACGCGAGAUGGGCUGAAGAAUGUAUUGUUCGCCGCCGAAGAGCUGUAUUGGGAUGUGCGUGCGGGAAAGCCGGUGUUGUACAAGGACAUCAAGAAGAUUCGAGAGGAUUAUAUCAAGGUGUUGAAGGAGGAGCGCGCUAAUCAUCCCGAUGCUUGGACUACCGGGGGCGAAGCGACGACUCUUGAGCAUUUUGGCGCCAUGAAGGGUACAAAGGGGUGAUGCUCGGCUCAAUCUGGUGCGUGUGUUGAUCUAUGUGGUGAUUUAAUGU